GAGUGAGGGUUGUACCAUUCCACCCACUUUUUUUAAAACAAAAGGCAGAAGAGGGAGUGUUAGUUUGAGGACAGGUUCCCAUAGUAACAAAAUCAGGAAGCACAACACUUGUCCCAAACACAAAUAUACAAAAUAAGUAGUAGAUAAGUAACUAGGGAAACCUGUGCAAGGAUGGAAAGAGGAAUGGAGCAUUCUGUAACUCACUCCUACUGAUUCAGAACCUUCUGCUUAGGUGUUCUGCACUAUUUUUGAAAUAAAGAUCCAUGAGAAAGUGCAUCUAACAUAAACAAACAUCCAGUGACCAAACAGCACAUGAGACCAUGGCAAUGCAGAAACAUCUGAGCAUCCGGGAUUGCCACCAGCGUGACAUUACAGAACUUGGCUUCCACACGGCAAGGAGGGAGUUUCUGACCGGAUAUGAGGAUGGAAUGAUAAAAUGGUGGGACCUGGAAAGUGGGUGUCUGUCUCAAACUGCUGCUGAGCACUCUGGGAUGAUCACUAAUUUGAUGUACUGGCCAGAUACCAAGCUGAUGUUCUCCUCUUCAAAUGAUGGCAUGUUGAUUGUCUGGACCAAUGGGGCUGUGGUAUAUGACAAGAUAAAGUUGGGAAGACCAAUCUUCAGUAUUGCAAUCAACUACAGGAGACAACUGCUGGUGUGUGGGUUCAAGAAGCUGGUUUCUGUCUACCCUCUGGAUGAGAAAAAGACAUGCGGACAUGUAGUAAACUUUAAAAGAAGUGUCUCGGCUCACAGACAUACAGACAUUGUAUCAUGUAUCGUGUGCCUAGACAGUCAGAUUUACACAGUUGGUUAUGAUAGGAAAUUUGUCAUAUUUGACACAUACCACACUCCUGAUAAAACCAGUCUCAUUGUGGUGCACUGCAACUCUCAUGCACAUGAAGCAGCCAUUACCCACCUCCUUCUUGUCCGGGAGCCUGAAAGCACAAGGUUUCUGACGGGAUCCUUUGACCGAACGAUUGCGGUGUGGUCUCAAGAUGGACAGUUAAUCCAAAGGCUCCACCAGUGCACAGGUGACAUCACUGGAAUGUGCUACGUAGCCUCAGUCAAAUACAUUUGGAUUGCUUCUAGUACUGGUCACCCUGUACUUCUGGACCCACGUUCUGGAGACUUUAUAUCUGACUUUGUAGAAACCUUUCAAGACCCAGACGAAUGUCAACAAAUACAACAAUUAGCAUGUAAUCCUGAAUCCACUCAUGUGAUUGGAACAAGCAAGAAUAACCAAGUAGCAGUCUGGAAGUAUAACAAGAUGGGCUGUGUCACUGUUCUACAAUCAAAAAACCCACUGGAGUGCCUCUCAUAUACUGGAAAGAAAUUUUUUCUGCUCUUCACUGGGGAUAACAAAGGAGUACUUACAAAGUGGAAAAGAAAUGAUUUGUCUACAUUUACUUACAGUAAAGAAACAUAUAACAUAGAAGACACAGCGGCAACACGGAAGGGACUUCAAAGCCUGCAAAAGGAGAAAGCUGACCAAAAGAGCAGACCCAUCUCUAGACUUCAGCGAGCCAGAACUGCCGGAACCACGAGAAAGGCUCUCACUUUAAAUAAUCAGAUGUCAAACUACACACAGAAAAAACAUUAUGGAUACACAAAGUCAUUGUUCACUGAUGAAUUGGACAUCCUGGUUAUGGCUACCGACAAUGGUGAUAUUCAACUGUGGGAGUUUGAUGAUCCUGUCACAGGUUCAAUUCCUAAUGAGAUGCCAUUUUCAGGUGAAGAGCAACUAGAGAAAUAUGAUCGUUUCUUGGCUCAGGAAGCAGAGAAUAUUUAUGAAGCAAACAGAAACAGUGUUUCGGUGAACAAGUUUCUCUCAGGUUUCACGUGUAAGAAGGUAUUGUCAGCUCAUGUUAAAGCUGUGUCAGCCUUGGCCAUUGUUGGAAGAGAAAGUGGAUUCAAUACGGUCUAUCUGCUGAGCGGUGGCUGGGACCGCAGACUUUGUGUUUGGGAUCUGCACACCGGCUCACUAAUAGAGACUUUCUCCAAGCCUGAAGUGGAUCGCUGGAGUGAAGACAGGGAUGUCGCUUGUGAUGGAGCCAUUAUGGACAUGUGCUAUUCUCCAAAGAGAAAGGAGUUUGCAUAUUCAUCAAGUGAUGGUAAAAUCUACAUUCGGAGCUUUUCCACUGUCAGCUCUCAGAUGACCCUAGUGAAUAUUCUAAUUGCACAUGAAGCAGAGGUUACUUCAGUUGUGUGGCACAAUCACAUAGACAAAUGGAUUAGUGGGUCUGAAGAUGGAACCAUCCGAAUUUGGGCUGAGGAUGGGUCGCAAUGUCAGAGCAUCUUGGUUACUAAAGAAGUAGUCACUUGCAUUUGCAUUGACCAACUGAAUGGAUGCAUUGUUGCAGGGGUGCAGGACACAGUUAGGGUUUAUGAUCCAGAGUCGUUGUUACAGGUGCAGUGUAACUUGGGGCACACAGAUCUCAUUCGAUCACUUGUCCACAUUCCAGAGUUAAAACAGUAUGUUUCAGCUUCGUGGGAUAAAACAGUGAGAAUAUGGAAGGCAUACUACAAAGCAAAGAACAAUAGCAGCAAAAAUCAGGAUCAUAAGUAGCACUGUCUUAAUGGAACAGAAACAGACUUCAUGGGAUUAGUGCUACUUGACUAUGCUCAAGCCCAUGCGGCUAUUGCUUUCAGCCUGCACUUCAUUCAUAUUGAACAUUUUAAAAUUAACUCAGUUUUCCUAAAACUUCUUUGACGCCCAACCACUCAGCUCUCCAAAUUUGGCAAGUGAAAUAUGCAAGAGAAGUGUGACUAUGAUAAGAAUUAACCCUACUAGUAGUCAGUCAUCUCAUAUCUAAAAUAUUGCUGCAAAUGUUGUUUGAAUGCUUUUCAAAAAUGUUUCAUUAUUUGCAUUUUAACUGUAUGUGUCGUUAUAUUAUGAAACAUAAACAAUAUGCUUGAUAUCUAUAGAGAACAGGCUGCUAGGCAUAUUGUGCUUGGUGCCAAGAAAAUGUAAACAGCAGCAGGAUUAUGGUAACAAGUGGUGUGGUCAUAAGUGGUCAUAAGUUCCACUCAUGAAUAUAAGGAUCAACCAGAUGACUGUCUAUCAAUCUUCUCACCAUAGCAGUUUCAAUAUAGGGAUAGACUCAUAAUACAGAGUAUGGGAUCUAUUAUCUGGAAAACUUGGGACCUGGAGUUUUCUGGAUAAAGGGUCUAUCUGUAAUUAGGAUCUCCAUAUCCUAAGUCUACUAAAAAACACAGG